AAUCAUUGACAAGUACAUUUCGAGUGUUCUUUCCGAAACUCACAACUCUUAGUCUGCGAAAAUAAGUUGACGUAGUUGAUAUUUCAAAUGGAACUUCCAUAACUUCUAGUUUGCUCAGCUGAUUAAACACUGGGUAUACACUUUGGUUUACACAAUGAAUUUCAAACUUGUUCCCAAAUGGCGUUUCAGUUAACAGAAGCAAUACAGUCUUGAUUGAUGAGAUUGAACUCUGGAUUACAAUGGAUGUCUCUUGUGUCUUCCGGAUCAUUCUCAUCAGCCUUGUGUUUCUAAUUGCCGCACGUAGUACAUUUGCCGCAGUAUCGGAUGAGGAACGCCUACAGAAAUAUCUCAUAGAAAAUUAUGGUCAAGCAGUGAGGCCCGUCAGCAACCGGUCUCGGCCAAUAGUUAUCAACGCUACAGUCUACUUCAUCAAAUUAAUAGGCCUAAGAGAAAAGGAACAAGAAUAUGAAUAUGCAGCCACACUAAACUUGGUGUGGUUGGAUCCCAAGUUAAAAUGGAACGCCUCGGAAUUCGGCGGUUACGAUGAUACUGUGAUUUCUACCAAGGCACUCCCAAUGUGGUUGCCAGACAUAAGCCUUUACAAUGGUGUUGACAUCGACGACACGUAUGACCUUUCCAAGCUACGUACGUUCACGACAAAAGUGAUCAGUUCCGGCUACGUUGUAUGGUUAAUUGGACACUCUUUCCGCACCGUUUGUCACAUGAAUAUAAAAUACUUCCCUUUCGAUACACAGACCUGUACAUCUACAUUUCUAUGUCCGACAAUGCAAAGGGAACUUUUGGAAUUUAGAGUUCCGACGCCGUACGUCAUGAGUGACUAUCCAGCCGAUAACGGGGAAUGGAUAAUGGUCAGCAACAGAACUUAUUCCAGCGUCACCUAUCGGCGGCUUUUUAAUGGACUGACAGAAGAGAAGAACAACUUCAAUGCGGUGAUGGUAUUGCGAAGGAAGCCUUUGUACUAUAUCAUCAACAUCAUCCUCCCGACCACGACUGUCUCCGUGCUCAUUCUGUUGGUCUACUGCCUACCCCCUGACUGCGGGGAGAAGAUCAACCUGGGAGUGACCGUCCUCCUCACUUUCUCCGUCUUCCAGCUUAUGGUGGCAGACACGUUACCAAGCUCCUCCGAUGAACCGUCCAUACUGGGCGUGUACCUCCUUUGGCAGAUGGUGCUGUCUGCAAUUUCAGUGGCCAUGUCGGUCAUCGUUCUUAAUAUCACAACCAAGGACAAACGCAUACCAGCACCCAUGCGUAGCUUCCUCUUCACACAUGUAGCACGGGCGGUAGGUCUAACUCAGGCGGUCUGGGAUUAUGGCGUUGCCAAGGUCACCGAGCAAACCACAGAUCAACUCCAAAACCAGAAUUCUAAAACAGAUCACGUCAAUGGUAUCAAACUAGAAGGACGCUCCGAAGAAGCCUUUGCGAUUAAGACUCCCGAUACCGCGACGUACAAGCAUGUCAAACGGAUCGCCUCUUACUUGAAAGUGUAUGCGCAGACCAUGGAUGACCGGCUGACGGAAGCCGACGUGCAAAAUGAAUGGAAAUUGGCCGCAAGAAUCAUCGACCGUUUGCUUCUGGUGACGUCAUGCGUUGUAAUGUUCGUUUCCACAACCAUGUUCUUGUCUGUCCUCGUUCACGGUGACAAGACGGUAGUGUAACGGUUUUUUGUGUAUGUUCCCAACAUCUCUUCAGUAGAUGGCAAUAUACCAUGCCUUUUCAAUAGGAGGACACAAGAGACUCAUGCCAUUCUUGUUUUAGAGUGUUAUCACCUUAAAAUUGUAUUUCAAGCAGAAAUAAGAAUGUCAUCUACUUCUUGACGCUGCACACAGAACUCGGAAUCCCAAAUUCAGUUGGAAAUUCAACAUGUUGACUUCAAGUCCUGUGUGAUUUAACGUUGAAAGACCUUACACAGCACAAGAACACAAGAUGAGAUGCCCCGAACCCCAAAAUGGUUGACCAAUUUAAUCCUCUAUGCGGAAUGGUUGGACAAGUGCAUAGAUGUAGCCACGGUCUCAGGGUUGUUUUGUCCGACGAUGGGAGUUUCCUAAAUAUUAGGGAGUUUUCGCGGUCAAUGUUAGAUGUCUUUCAGUCCUGCAGACUUUCACGGUCAUAUACAAUGAUCAUUCAGGGAGAGAAAGGGGAUCGUUUGCACCCUUUGGUUUCCUCGUCUACCACCUUGCCAAGUUUUGAAAACUGUGUCUGUCUGUCGUCGUCGUCUACAGAAUAUGAGCAGCGGACGAAAAGUUUCAAAUAACAUUGCAACUCAUGCAUCUAAAUUUUUCAGACGGGGUAACAGAUUUGGCAUUCAAACCUUGCUGAUUUCUGAUUAUGAUGGUCACCCAGGAAGCAAUUUAGGGGAGAUGGCAAUAUUUCGCAAAAGCAAACCAAAAACCAAAACAGUCACCACACUCUUGUGUAUGCUUUAGUCAUCUAGACGGUUUACAAUAAAAAAGUUCAGAAGACACUUCUUGACAGCACCUUGACAGGUAUCAUGAACGGAUUAAAGUAAAAAAAUACUUCGUUGGCUGUCUUUUUGAGGCGUUCCUUAACAUGCUUGAUUAUUCUCUUCAUUCAGCGUUGACA